CCCCGGAAAGAGCUGGAGCUGCUGAGGCGCAUGAAGUUCAACAGCCAGUUGGUUUUAUAACCCUUCAGCUGUGUAACUGACUACGUGGGCUGUCUUCAAUGCUGCCUCUCCACAACAUGGCUCCGACUAAUGCCGUUCAACACUCCUCAGAAGCCGGAUGGCGUUGUCCAUUAGAGACUGAGCUGAGGGCGGUGCUGCAGCAAAGGAUCAUGGUCCUGGACGGCGGUAUGGGAACCAUGAUCCAGCAGCAUAAACUAGAAGAGGAAGAUUUCAGGGGCGAUGAAUUUAAAGACCACCCUCUUCCACUGAAGGGCAACAAUGACCUUCUGAGCCUCACACAGCCUGAUGUCAUACGUAACAUACACAAGGACUACUUGCUGGCCGGUGCUGACAUCAUAGAGACCAACACAUUCAGCAGCACCUCUGUCGCCCAGACAGACUAUGGACUGGAACACAUGGCGUAUCGUCUCAACAAGGCGUCAGCAGAGCUGGCGAGGAUGGCGGCCGAUGAAGUCACUAAACAGACUGGUUGUAAACGCUAUGUGGCCGGGGCAGUGGGUCCCACCAACAAGACCCUGUCCGUGUCCCCGUCUGUGGAGAGGCCCGACUUCCGGAAUAUCACAUUUGAUGAGCUGGUGGAAUCCUACUCGGAGCAGGUCAGAGGGUUGUUGGAUGGAGGAGCAGACAUCCUUCUAGUUGAAACCAUCUUCGAUACGGCCAACGCCAAGGCUGCCUUGUUUGCCAUCGACCUGCUGUUUGAGAAGAGCUACGAGAGGAAACCUAUAUUUAUCUCAGGGACCAUCGUUGACCGGAGUGGACGCACUCUGUCCGGCCAGACGGGAGAAGCCUUUGUAGUGAGCGUUUCCCACAUGAAUCCUCUAUGCAUUGGUCUGAACUGUGCUUUGGGGGCAAUAGAGAUGAGGCCGUUUAUUGAGGCCAUCGGAAAAAGCACCACAGCUUUCAUUAUCUGUUAUCCCAAUGCAGGUCUUCCCAACACAUUCGGCGGGUACGACGAAACUCCAGCAGUAACAGCCUCCAAUUUAAAGGAGUUUGCUACGGAUGGACUAGUGAAUAUUGUGGGAGGCUGUUGUGGGACGACUCCUGGGCACAUCAGAGCCAUCUCUGAAGGAGUCAAACAUUGUCAGCCAAGAGUUCCUGCUGCUGAUAUUUAUCAAGACUACAUGCUGUUGUCGGGUUUAGAGCCAUUCAGGAUUGGCCCGUACACCAACUUCGUUAACAUCGGUGAGCGCUGCAAUGUGGCCGGUUCACGCAAGUUUGCCAAGCUGAUCAUGUCUGGAAACUAUGAGGAGGCUCUAAGCAUCGCCAAGGCCCAGGUGGAGAUGGGAGCCCAGGUUCUGGAUAUAAACAUGGACGAAGGGAUGCUGGAGGGGCCCUCGGCGAUGGCCCGGUUUUGUAACUUAAUUGCUUCUGAACCAGACAUUGCUCGGGUUCCUCUGUGUAUCGACUCCUCUAACUUCUCAGUGAUCGAGGCCGGGUUGAAAUGCUGCCAGGGGAAGUGCAUUGUAAACAGUAUCAGUCUGAAGGAGGGGGAGGAGGAGUUCCUGCACAGAGCUGGCACUGUGAAGCGCUACGGAGCUGCUGUGGUGGUCAUGGCCUUCGAUGAGGAGGGACAGGCCGCAGAUACAGACCGUAAAGUGGAGAUCUGCACUCGGGCGUACGAGUUGCUGGUCAAUAAAGUUGGAUUUGACCCCAAUGACAUCAUUUUUGACCCCAACAUCCUCACCAUCGGUACGGGCAUGGAGGAACACAACGACUACGCCAUCUAUUUCAUCCGAGCCACCAAAGUUAUCAAGGAGAAAUUACCAAAGGCCAGGGUGAGUGGAGGGCUGUCCAACCUGUCCUUCUCCUUCAGAGGGAUGGAGGCCAUCAGAGAAGCAAUGCAUGGAGCCUUUCUCUACCAUGCCAUCAAGGAUGGGAUGGACAUGGGCAUAGUGAAUGCUGGGAACCUUCCGGUCUAUGAUGACAUAGAUAAAGAGCUGCUGUCAAUGUGUGAAAACCUCAUCUGGAACCGAGACGCCGAGGCUACUGAGAAACUACUGGCCUACGCACAGAACAAUGUGAAAGGAGCCAAGAAGGUGGUUCAGACAGACGAAUGGAGACAUGCGAAUGUGGAGGAAAGGUUGGAGUACGCUCUCAUUAAGGGAAUAGACAAGUAUGUGGUGGAGGACGUGGAGGAGUGUAAGGCUCAGGUCGACCGCUACACUCGUCCCCUUCACAUCAUCGAGGGCCCCCUGAUGAACGGCAUGAAGGUGGUGGGGGACCUCUUCGGAGCUGGCAAGAUGUUUCUUCCACAGGUGAUCAAGUCUGCUCGUGUAAUGAAGAAGGCGGUGGGCUAUCUGAUCCCUUUCAUGGAGAAGGAGAGGGAGGAGAUGAUGGCCCUGUCGGGGUCGACUGAGGAAAUGGAUCCCUACCAAGGCACCAUAGUCCUGGCUACAGUGAAGGGAGACGUCCAUGAUAUCGGCAAGAACAUUGUGGGUGUGGUGCUGGGUUGCAACAACUUCAGAGUGAUCGACCUGGGUGUGAUGGUUCCCUGUGAUCGGAUCCUCAGAGAGGCCAUUACACACAAAGCAGAUGUCAUUGGCCUGUCUGGUCUCAUCACCCCCUCUCUGGAUGAGAUGAUCUACGUUGCCAAAGAGAUGGAGAGACUGGGAAUGACAACGCCACUGCUGAUUGGAGGAGCCACCACAUCAAAGAUGCAUACGGCAGUAAAGAUCGCCCCGCGCUACACUUCUCCUGCUAUCCAUGUUCUGGACGCCUCCAGGAGCGUGGUGGUGUGCUCACAACUUCUGGAUGAGGCCAUGAGGGAUGAGUACUUUGAGGACCUGAAGGAGGAGUAUGAGGAGAUCCGACAGGAGCACUACGACUCCCUGAAGGAUCGUAGGUAUUUGUCUCUUUCCCAGGCCAGAGACAAGGCUUUACAUAUCGACUGGCUGUCUCUGCCACAACCAGUGCGUCCUCAGUUCCUGGGCACCCGAGUGUUUGAGUGCUACGACCUGCACAGCCUGCUGGCCUUCAUCGACUGGAAGCCUUUCUUUGAUGUGUGGCAGCUGAGGGGAAAAUACCCCAACAGAGGUUACCCCAAGAUCUUCAAGGACAAGGCCGUUGGUGUGGAGGCUCGCCGAGUCUUUGAUGAGGCCCAGCAGAUGCUCAACCAGAUGAUUGACAGCGGUAGUCUGACUGGGCGGGGCCUGGUGGGCUUCUGGCGCGCCCAGAGUGAUGGCGACGACAUCCGCGUCUAUAAAGACGACGUCGCCGUACAUUCAGACACGGAGCCACUCGGCACAUUCCACGGUUUACGGCAACAGGCGAAAAAGGACAGCUCCAGUUCAGAGCCCUACCUGUGUGUGUCUGAUUUUGUUGCCCCCGUCGACAGCGGUGUGACGGACUACAUCGGCGUGUUCGCUGUGGGCGUGUUUGGCGCCGAGGAGCUGAGUCAGCAGUUCCAGGCUAACGGAGACGACUACAGCAGCAUCAUGGUCAAAGCCCUGGCUGACCGAUUGGCUGAGGCCUUUGCCGAGGAGCUCCAUGCCCGCGUGCGUAAGGAGCUGUGGGGCUACAGCACUGACGAGGCGCUGCAGGCCUCAGACCUCCACAGAAUCCGGUACCAGGGCAUCAGACCUGCAGCUGGUUAUCCCAGUCAGCCUGACCACACAGAGAAGAGCACCAUGUGGAGCCUGGCUGGGAUCCAGGAGAAGACUGGUAUUUAUCUCACGGAGUCACUGGCCAUGAUGCCUGCUGCCUCGGUGUCUGGACUUUACUUCUCCCACCCGAAGGCCUCGUACUUCGCUGUGGGCAAGAUCACCAAAGAACAGGUGGAGGACUACGCUGCAAGGAAAGGGAUGCGGGUGGAGGAGGCGGAGAGGUGGCUGGCGCCCAUCCUGGGCUACGACAGCGAGGCGUAGUGAAGUGGACCAACACAGAACCAGGUUUACAUCGGACCAAUGUGCUGUAGCCCACAGGGGGGGUCCUUACCACGCUGCUUUCACACGGCUGUAAAAACACUUCUUUUCAGUCCUUUUGUGCCAAAGGGUAUGACUUACGAAUACUAUGCACAUGCUUGCAUUUUAUGAAAUUAUGACUGAUUCAAAUGGAGGGAAAUAAUUUGUCGGCAUUACAUCAUAGCAGAUCUUCGAUCGAGCUAAAACAAUAUAAUUUUUUCUGAAUGUUGAGAUUGGAAAUUGUUUUAGCGCUCAUCGCUGUCGACAUGGUUGACCGAUGCAAUGUCGUUUAUAAAACAUUUAAAGAGAGACAAAGCAUUACGCGUCGGGGAUAUCAAAUUUGAGAGUUCGCCGAUUUGAUUUCUUUGGGAUUUAAAUGAAAAGAUUGGCAUCAAUCUCAUGUCUUUGGAACUCCAGUCAGAAUGUGGUUAUAUCAAAGAAAAAGUAUAUAUUUUAUUGCAAGGGAAAGUUUUCCGUUUUAUAUUUGAUGGAGCCAACGAAUUUUGUUGCAGUCAAGCGAUUACAAUAUGUAUGAAAGCCCAUUGAGAACACUACAACCACACAGUAAACGCAUUUUUUCCUAUUUUAUUUUCAUUAUUUAUAAACAUGUUCACAUCAAUAUUUGCAUUGAGUCAGAAGUGUACAGUAAUGUACACAUUACACUUUUGAUUGUUUAAUGGUGAUUACUUAAAAGCCAUAUAGAAAAAUGGGUUUUAUUUUUACAGUCCAGUUACAAAAUGACCACGGAUGAGGUUAAAUAUUUCAUUCAUAGUAAAUAUCUCUUAUCAUUUUAGACCUAUGUAUGUUACAUCAUUUCUUUGUAUCAAUCCUUGAGACAACACUCAAUGAAUUCAACCUUUCCCAUCUCCUUUCACCCUGAUAAAGUUAUCAAUAGGAGUCCUCGCUUUCAUUUUUUUAAUCAGUAUGCAAGUUAUUUAUUAACUUGCACACGUUGUUUAAAUUUAACCAGUUAUUGUAUUGGUGCGUAUUUCUUUAGCCAUUUACUCAUUCAAAGUGUUAGGUACAAAUUCUACUUGAGUUUCCAUAAGAUAUUGUCUGCAUGCGUUUCACAUGUGUCUUAAAAGCCUUGAUGUGCUGCAGUGGUUGAGCUCAGUCUCUAUGAAAUUGUUUUAAUCGUUUUUUCUCUUAUAUUGAAAAGUGUUAUGAAUAAAUAAUGACUGCAUCUCAAACACUGUGAAACAGGAGAAAUGUUUUAUUUUUUUUAAUAAAUCCUCAUAACACA